CCUGCCGCAUUAUCUCGUGAUGCAGAGCUGUGCCGAUCCCGUAGAGGCCUACGAUGACCCCCUCUUCUCUCGUUGCUACGACAGGAUGGUGGCUGCUCUUCCGAAAAGCCUUGAGGUGGGGAAAGAUGUCCAGCUUGCGGCUACGCUGCUUCCGGAGGGAGGAGCGCGCAUCCUAGACGUUGCAGCAGGCAGCGGCAGGGUGGCCUUUGGCCUGGCGUCGCACUUUCCGAAUCGUCCUCUGGAGAUCAAUCUCCUGGACGCUUCCCAGGAGAUGCUCUCUCGCGCACGGGAGCAGGAGCCUCCGCACACGGCCUGCCGCUUCUCGUAUAUGCAUGGCGACAUGAGCGAUCUGGGGAAGAUCCUCGCUGACGCCCCACGCUUCGACCUCAUCAUUCUCACUGCGGGGAGCAUUCACCAUCUUCUGGAGGAAGGAGAGAGGAAGGGGCUCUUUGAAGGCUUGGCCCAGCUGGUGGAGCCUCAGAGGGGACGCCUGCUGCUCACAAGGCUCGCCGAUGAGGAAAUUAUUUGCGCGGAGGAGACAGCAGAUGCCACAGUCCAGCUGGCCCCCGGCGUGACGAAGCGCAUCCUGCGUCAGGAGAAGCAGGAGUGCUCUAAUGGGGACGCGGUGGUGCACACGGAGUUUGAGGUCUCGGAGCAAGGGGAGGAAGAGCAGGGCAGUAGGGUCUCAUGGACUCUCAGGACCAUUCGUCCGGAAGAUCUAGCAGCUGCCGCCACAGCACAUGGCCUUCUUCUGGUUAGACGCGCUUCGGGAUUUGAGAGCGCUAUGUCAGGAAAUACACUGGAUGUCCCAGACAGGGACUCCACAGUGUUCGUUUUUUCCAUUGCGUGAUGGAUGCGCUGUGUGGGGAUCAGUUGGCGAGAGCCGCGAGGCGCCCGAGAGCCGGACGAGAGAAGAAAAGACUUCUCGCGUUUGUCUAUCGCCCUCGCUCGUGCAACUAGCUACUGUCUGUCUGCGUGUUGAUGGGGCGAUAGACAGGGAGGGGCGGGUUCGCGGGGCUGGGAUGUGCGUGCUGAUGGGGCAUGUGAGUGUGACGGACACACAGACGAGUGAGUGUUGCGGUGAACCUUUUUUC